AUGGCUAAACCUGGACUCACAGUACCUACAAAAAUAAGAGAAAGCACACGAUUCUAUCCCUAUUUCCAGGAUUGUGUUGGUGCUAUUGAUGGCACACACAUUGAUGCAAUAGUGUCUGCUUCUGAAGCACCUAGCUACCGUAAUCGAAAAGGGAAGAUAUCACAAAAUGUGUUGGAUGCUUGUAAUUUUGAUCUAGAAUUCAUAUACGUUCUUAGUGGAUGGGAAGGUACGGCUCAUGAUUCAAAAAUACUAAGUGAUGCUCUAACACGGAGUACUAACAGGUUGCCUGUUCCAGAGGAAAAUAGUUCAGUAAACGGAAAUUCAGGAACUUUCGAUGAAGAAAAUGCUGAUGUAGGAACUCUCCAAUCUCAUCAAAGAGAAUAUGCUAACAAUUGGAGAGACACAAUAGCUGCUAAUAUGUGGGCAGAAGCUACACAAACAGGAAGUCAACGAUGA